CGCUGGGCAGCGGAAGUUUGAGCGCGGGGCUGGGGAGCCGCAGUCGCAGUCCCUGGGCGUGAGCUCUGCCGCUGGCCAUGGAGCUGGAGGGCAAAGUGCGGAAGAUGGGCUUAGGCCAUGAACAAGGAUUUGGUGCUCCAUGCUUAAAAUGCAAGGAUAAAUGUGAAGGAUUUGAACUACACUUCUGGAGAAAAAUAUGUCGAAACUGUAAGUGUGGUCAGGAAGAGCAUGAUGUCCUCACAAGCAAUGAGGAAGAUAGGAAAGUGGGAAAACUCUUUGAGGAUACAAAAUAUACAACCCUUAUUGCAAAGCUGAAAAAUGAUGGUAUUCCCAUGUACAAACGCAAUGUAAUGAUACUGACUAAUCCAGUAGCUGCCAAGAAGAAUAUAACCAUCAACACUGUGACUUAUGAAUGGGCUCCUCCUGUUCAGAAUCAGACACUGGCUAGACAGUAUAUGCAGAUGCUUCCAAAGGAGAAACAGCCUGUGGCUGGCUCAGAAGGCGCUCAGUACAGGAAGAAACAGUUGGCUAAGCAGCUGCCUGCUCAUGAUCAAGAUCCUUCAAAAUGUCAUGAGUUAUCUCCUAAUGAAGUGAAGCAGAUGGAGCAGUUUGUGAAGAAAUACAAGAAUGAGGCACUUGGUGUGGGUGAUGUCAAGCUGCCUGGUGAUGUGGAAGCUAAAGUCACUGACAAAAAUAAUGGUGACAAAAGCACCUCAGCUGCUGUAGGAGCGAUGGAGGACAAAUCAGCAGGUCAAAAAGGAUCUCAGUAUUCAUGCUACCGCUGCAACCAAAAUAUGAAAGAAGGUGAUCCAGCCAUCUACGCUGAGCGUGCAGGCUAUGACAAACUGUGGCACCCAGCUUGUUUUGUCUGCUGCACCUGCAGGGAGCUUCUAGUAGACAUGAUCUAUUUCUGGAAGAAUGGAAAACUUUAUUGCGGAAGGCACUACUGUGACAGUGAGAAACCCCGAUGUGCUGGAUGCGAUGAGUUGAUAUUCAACAAUGAAUAUACCCAAGCAGAGGGUCAAAACUGGCACCUGAAACACUUCUGCUGUUUUGACUGUGACUGUGUCUUGGCUGGGGAAAUCUAUGUCAUGGUAAAUGAUAAGCCUGUCUGCAAACCAUGCUAUGUGAAGAACCAUGCUGCGAUCUGUCAAGGCUGUCAGAAUGCUAUAGAUCCAGAAGUUCAGCGUGUGACCUACAACAGCUUCAACUGGCAUGCUGCCCCAGAGUGCUUCGUGUGCUCGUGUUGUAGCAAGUGUCUCAUUGGCCAAAAGUUCAUGCCAAUAGAAGGAAUGGUCUUCUGUUCAGUAGAAUGUAAGAAAAAGAUGAUGUCUUAAGAUGAGCAAUAUGCAUGCCUGAACUUAAGUAUUACCAUGUUCCAAAGUCCUUUGCAUUUCUACUGUAAAAUGUAAUUUUGGGGCAUUUAAAAUUAUUGUACUUAUUAAAUGGCAUAUUCCCAAAGGCUUUAACUAAGAUAUCUGCUCUGUAAUCAUCUUUCCUCAAUUAUGAGUAAUACUUUUACACUAUUUUCUUCCUUUGAGUCCUUAUACCAAACCUCUUUGUAUCCUUGAAAUGUAGGAAAAUAUUAUAUCGACUAUAUUCCUUAAGGGCUCUCUUCACCAAGAUUUGUCUUUUAUCUCUCUUUUUAAAACUUAAAAAGAAAACAGAAAAACUUAAACCCAGCAGAACAUAUUUCUUGUGUGCGGCUUUUUGUCUGUCUGUUUACAUAUGCUUUAAAUAACACAUGUGAGUUUCCAACUUCAGCUGUGCCAGUAAAUGAAUUUACCAGUUUUAAAUCAUUCCUGCUUUCAUCAAGCACUUUAAAUAAAAUGUUUAAUAUCACCAAACAAGAACAUGUACAGUUUUAUAGAAUACAGGUUGGAUUCCAUCUCUGCUUAUGUCAGCUUACUUCAUAACUUUGUUUUUCUGGGAAUAUUUCAUCUUUAGUAGUUUAUAUGAAAUCAAAGGAGAACCAUUUUCAAGUUUGAGUAUGUGAGUGUGGUCUCCUGUUAAUUCAAAAUGACAGUUGGGCCAGUCUGAUUUUGGGGUUGUGUUUGCAGAUGUUCUAAAAAGACGACGGAAUGAGCUUACCCAGUAUUUGUAAAUGUCUUUGCCUUUGGAAUAUCUGGUGAAUUUUAUUGAGAGAGGGGAAUGGCACCAAAGGGCAUUUCUGAGAAUCUGGUGUUCUAUAAAAGGUGAAGGACUUUAAAUUUAGAAUGAUCUGAAAUGUUAUUCAAAAGUUGGAAUGAUAAAUCAUGGGUUCUUUGGAAAAGCAGAAAUUAAAUAGUCUUCUUUCAAGACUUUCAGUAUUUUUAUUCGAAUAAAAAUGAGUUACAGUAGGUACUAAUUUUGCUUACUGUGCAACUCAAAAUGGAUUGCCUCCUUUGAUUUUUUUUUCUCUUCUAAUAACAAUUCUGUUGUGAAACAUUUUAAUUAUCUUUGUCAUAAGUUUGCCAAACAGGAUGAAAAAGCAGUUGGCCUUGUAUAAAACUAUGCAACUUUUAAAUUCACUUCUUUUUAAAGAUUAAAAUACUUGUGUUUGUAUAUUAAUAUUCACAAAUAAAAAUGCUUUGCUCACUUCA